GUCAGCUGAGUGGCAGUCACGAGACCGCGACUAGCUCAGUCUGGCUUCCUGGAGGAGAGGGAGGGAUGAGCGGGGGUCUCCAAGUGCAACAGGACAUGGAGGAGGAGCGGGAGACUCUGCAGGCCUGGAAGCAGCGUGUGGGGCAGGAGCUGGACCGCGUGCUGGCUUUCUGGACGGAGCACUCCCAUGACCAGGAGCACGGGGGCUUCUUCACGUGCCUUGGCCGCGAUGGGCGGGUGUAUGACGACCUCAAAUAUGUCUGGCUGCAGGGGAGGCAGGUAUGGAUGUAUUGUCGCCUGUACCGCAAAUUCGAGCGCUUCCACCACUCUGAGCUCCUGGACGCAGCAAAAGCAGGUGGCGAAUUCUUGCUGCGCUAUGCCCGGGUGGCACCUCCUGGCAAGAAGUGUGCCUUUGUGCUAACUCGGGAUGGCCGCCCAGUCAAGGUGCAGCGGACCAUCUUCAGCGAGUGCUUCUACACCAUGGCCAUGAAUGAGCUGUGGAGGGUGACAGGGGAAGUGCGUUACCAGACUGAAGCGGUGGAGAUGAUGGAUCAGAUUGUCCACUGGGUGCGUGACGACCCGUCGGGGCUGGGCCGGCCCCAGCUGGCAGGGGCCCCGGCCGCGGAGCCCAUGGCGGUGCCCAUGAUGCUGCUCAACCUGGUGGAGCAGCUCGGGGAGGCGGACGCGGAGCUGGCGGGCAGAUACGCCGAGCUGGGGGACUGGUGCGCCCUGCGGAUCCUGCAGCACGUGCAGAGGGAUGGCCAAGCUGUGCUGGAGAAUGUGUCAGAGGAUGGCAAGGAACUUUCUGGUUGCCUCGGGAGACACCAGAACCCAGGUCACGCUCUAGAAGCUGGCUGGUUCCUGCUCCGUCACUCCAUCCGGAAAGGUGACCCCGAACUUCGAGCCCACAUUAUUGACAAGUUCCUGUUGUUGCCCUUCCGCUCUGGAUGGGACCCUGAGCAUGGAGGCCUCUUCUACUUCCAGGAUGCCGAUGACCUCUGCCCCACCCAGCUGGAGUGGGCCAUGAAGCUCUGGUGGCCGCACAGCGAAGCCAUGAUCGCCUUCCUCAUGGGCUACAGUGACAGUGGGGACCCUGUGUUGCUACAUCUGUUCUACCAGGUGGCUGAGUACACCUUCCGCCAGUUUCGGGAUCCCGAGUACGGGGAAUGGUUUGGCUACCUGAAUCGAGAGGGAAAGGUUGCCCUCACCAUCAAGGGGGGUCCUUUCAAAGGCUGCUUCCACGUGCCACGGUGCCUAGCCAUGUGUGAGGAGAUGCUGGGCGCCCUGCUGAACCGCCCCGCCCCGGCGCCCGCCCCCGUCCCCGCCCGCCGAGGCGCAGAAUAAAGCUAGGCCUGCUCCA